GACGGCUGGGAAUGACGGAGUUUACUCUUUCAACUUCAGAAACCAACACCUUCUCUGGCGUACGUGUACUAACAUGAGCGUUAAAAGGAUAAUAUAAAAGUUGUUAAACAUGACGUGCAAACUGUAGGUGAGUUUUUGUGGGAGACGCAAAGAGGUUGUCGGGGCUGCUGUCCGCUGUGGACUCAAACAUGGAUGUCCGGGGAGCAACGGUGCGGCUCUGAGGAGGAAUUAAGGCCGUUUCUGGGUUAUUUCUGGCCGUAGUGAAUCUCUGACGGAGCUAAGGGGGAUUUCAAAGGUUUAAAACUCACUCUAAAAGUGAAUCUGUGAGCAGCUGUGACAGACUAUUAGCAAAGAUGUUGAGGCUGUGGAGGCGAGACGUCCCGCUCUCAGAGAGGCUUGGGGAGGACUCUCCUCUGGCUGCUGCACCAGGGGCCCCACCCACAGCAGCCCUGACAGGUGGCCCUAACAUUUCCUGGCUCCCUGAAGCCCCUCUGCUGAGCUCAGAGCAGCCCAUCUUCCUCAUGACUCCUGCUGCACAGGCUGUGUCUGGCUUCUUCGUAUGGACAGCACUCAUCCUCACCUGUCACCAGAUCUACAUGCACCUACGUUUCUACAGUUCACCGAGGGAGCAGCGUCACAUCGUACGGAUCCUCUUCAUUGUUCCCAUUUAUGCCUUUGACUCUUGGCUCAGCCUCCUCUUCUUCACCAACGACCAGUACUACGUCUACUUUGACACCGUCAGGGACUGUUACGAAGCGUUUGUAAUUUACAACUUCCUGAGUCUGUGCUAUGAGUACCUGGGAGGUGAGAGCGCCAUCAUGGCAGAGAUCCGAGGGAAACCCAUCGAGUCCAGCUGUAUGUACGGUACCUGCUGCCUGUGGAGGAAGGCCUACUCCAUCGGCUUCCUGCGCUUCUGUAAACAGGCCACUCUGCAGUUCUGCGUGGUCAAACCCCUCAUGGCUAUCAUCACUGUCGUCCUGCAGGCGUACGGCAAAUACAAAGACGGAGACUUCAACGUUGCCAGCGGUUACCUGUACAUCACCAUCAUCUACAACAUCUCUGUCAGCUUGUCACUAUACGCCCUGUUCCUCUUUUACUUCGCCACGCGGGAGCUGCUCAGCCCUUACAGCCCCAUGCUCAAGUUCUUCAUGGUCAAGUCCGUCAUCUUCCUCUCCUUCUGGCAGGGCUUGCUGCUGGCUAUCUUGGAGAAGUGCGGCGCCAUCCCUCAGAUUAACUCGGUGGAGGUGUCCGUAGGCGAGGGCACGGUCGCCAACGGUUACCAGAACUUCAUCAUUUGCAUUGAGAUGUUUUUCGCGGCGCUGGCCUUGCGCCACGCGUUCACGUACAAAGUCUACAUGGACAAAAGUCUGGAUUCUCGAGGCCGCUGCGCCCCCAUGAAGAGCAUCUCCAGCAGCCUGAAGGAGACCAUGAACCCGGGCGACAUGGUCCAGGACGCAAUCCACAACUUCUCCCCGGCCUACCAGCAGUACACCCAGCAGUCCACGCUGGAGCAGGGGGCCCCUCCGCCCGUCUCCCGCACCCUCAGCGUCAUCAGCGCCCGCGGCGACACCGAGAAGACCCUCCUGCUCAGCUCCGACGACGAGUUCUAGGAGCGAGAGAGACGUCACAAGAAAGGGGCGGCGGUCUCACAGCUGAAUCAGACUGAUGUUUUUAAAGGCAGAUGGAAAAGUACUUAAUCGUCCAGCGCGGCCCCGUCCUCUUCAACGUGUGAAUGAUCAGAGAGUUGCGUGUUUGUUUGGGGUUUUUUUUUUUUUUCCUUUUUUUUUUUUUGAGCCUGAUCACGAAAGCGAAGACCUUCCUGAGUAAACAUUUCUGCACCCACAUUUCCCCAGAGUCACAUUCAAAACUAAUUUGGUGUUAAAAACCGUCGGCCAGAAAAUGAAAAGGGUUGUGUCCGUUUUUGGAAAGUUUGUGAGUCACACACAGUCGCACGUACUGAAUCAUACUUGACUUUUGAAACUUGCAUUUCCUGGCUUGAAUAGAAGCUUAAUUUUAGAUUAAAGCUCGGUCUUGUUUCCUUUUGCCCAAAU